AUGGGCAGCCGCAGAGCCGGAGCGCGGUGCCCGCCAGCCCUCGGAGUGCUGCUGCUCCCCGGCCUGCCGCUGCUGCUGCUGCUGCUACUACUGCUCUCGGGGGCUGCGGCCACGGCCACCCUCGCCCUGGAGGGCGGCACCGGCCAGGACAGCGGGGUGAGUACAGCCGCCCGCUCCCCUGCGCGACCCCCAGCAUCUGCGUGGCUGUGUAUGUGGGGGAGGGGGGUUGCAGGACACCAGACUGGACUUGUGUUCUGGGCUGCCCCGUGGUACUGGGAUGUCCCCUUCAGACAACUGAUUGACACUCGGCUUACUGGGGACCACCACACGCGUGCUCUCACGCUGACAUUAAUCAUCGCCACGGUGUCCAUUCCUGCGCAGGAAGGGGCGGCGGUGGAGCAGAGUGGGCUCCUGACCUUCCUGGCUCGGUGGCACGCGUGGACCGCCCAGGCCCGGGGCCCGUCCAGCCGAGGGGACACGGGGGCCAUGUCCAGGCGGCAGCAGGGGCCGCCCCCUCCGCCGGCCCCGCCCUGCCGGAAUUUCUUCUGGAAGACCUUCUCCUCCUGCAAGUAGCUCUCGCUCGGCCCGCGGGGACCCUGGAAACCAAAUAAAAUAUGA